UGUAUCAAUCGUCUGUCAUGCCAUGCUUGUUGACAUGUUAGAUGUUUACAUUAUGUUGAAUGAACAAAUGCGUUUUACGAGGGAUUGUGAAUGUCAUUGAUUAAGUAUAGCACAAAAUGAGUAAAAUGUUCCAGCUAAUCAAGGAAUGUCUGGAGAAGAGUACACAGAAAUGGGAUGCCUGUGUUGAAAGUUCACUAAUAAAGAAUGUUGACAUUGUCUGUGAGAGCCUACAAGAUUGGGAAGAAAAUGCAGAAGAACUAAGAAGUUUACAGGAAAUGUUAUAUGUCCUCUAUACAGCAGCCUCAAAUGCAGAUGUGGUCCAAAAAUUCAUCAAAGUUGGAAUAAGUCUCAUGAUAAAGAAGAUUUUUGAUGAAGUUCUUAAAAAGCACGAAAAGGGAAAAAAUGAAUGGGAAAUAAUUGAGGAACAAAUUCUGGAUGUUGUCAAUGCAUUAGCAGAGGGUUUGUCUGAGGAUAAAGAAAGUUUCCUUUUAACAUUUUGUCCAAAGUGUUUGGAAUUGAUCUUGAAGAAACAAGAGAAUUAUCUUCAUGGAAUAGAGGUUCUUAAAGGUUGCAAUAUGGUAAUGGAAAACUGUACUCUGGCAACAAAGGAAAAGAUACUGGAAAGAAAAGAUAUUCCUGGCAAAUUGAAAAGUGUAGCAGCUAAAUUAGAAAUUUUGGGAGAUUAUGAAUGUCAAGUUGGAAUAAUAGAGUGUCUCUUUCGAAUUAUCCCACGAAAGCAAAGAAUGUAUUAUGCAAAACAAUUCUUUAGUGAUGGAAAGAUUCUGCAAAGAUUCAUGCUUAUUAAGGAUGCCAACUUUGAGACAGACUGCAGAAUCUUCUUGAACGAGUUCAACUCUUCCUUGAACAAAAAGUUGGUGUAUUCCAUUCCAUGCUCUUGGGCUGUUUUAGGAGACAAAAAGCUUAUCAAGCCAAAUGAUGAUGAAUAUGAUCACUUUUGGGUAGAUUUUAAUACAGGAACAAAGAGAAUAACCUUAUUUUGUGAACAGAUAAAUGAUUCAGAGAAAGAGAGUGAAUUUUGGGAAACCAUUUCUAUCAGGAAUGAAGAUGUAAAGGAGGUAAAAAUUCAGAAGAAAAAUGGAAGCAUAAAUCUUGAAAUAAUAUUUGAAAAACCAAUUGGAGUACUGUUUCCAAGUCAGUCAUCUGUAAAAGGUCAGCAUAUGCAGAUACAUUUUCCCAAUGAUGUAGAUAUCGAGUUUGUGGUUGAGAAAACACUUCCAGAUUGUUGUAAUAUCAUUGAGAGCUCACAGAAAGCAUCUACAGUGGAGUUUCCUGUAAAGAUACAGAGAGAUUUUUUCCAUGAAGUGCCAAAGCCUGCUGCUGAGAGAAAUACUAGAAAAGCCUCUAGCCCCUGUACACCUUUGCAUCUACUUCAUAGUAACAGAAAGACAGAAAACACGGAAACUGAACAAUACAUGGCAACUGAACUCAACAGAGAAAGCAAGACAGAGAAUAACAAGGAUUUGUUGCAAAACAGGAGGAAAGUGCAGGAAGAUGAAAUUUCUCUGUCAUCAAAGGCAUCCAAUGCAGCAUCUCCACUGAAAAUCUCUUCAGCCACUUUCUAUUCAAGUGUGAUGGGCAAAAAAGAACAUAAAGUGUCCACCCCAAAGACACCAAGUCACUGUGGCAAAAAGAAAAAGAAAGUGAAAACACCUGUUGUAACUGUCACACCACCAGUUAAAAAGUUCAGAAGUCCCAGUAAUGUAGAGCAAGUGCAGAAAAAUAUAGCAGGGAAUAGGGAAAAUAAAAAGGAGGAAAACAACCAACACAAUAUGAAACAAGAGAGUUUUAAAAGUGAAACUUUUACAAAGGUAGAAAAAGUAACAGCAGCUAAAAAAGUUUCAGCAUCCAAGACUUUAUCUAAAAAGAAGACUGAAAGAACUGAAGCAGAUUUGGAAGAAUUAAAUGUUGGUGAUGCUGUUGAAAACUUGGGGAUCCAAGACAAGGCACAGCUGGAUAUUGUUGAGAAGUCCAUCAAAAUUCAAGCUCCAGUAGUUGAGAAAAAGACAUCAAAAAUGAAUUUAAAGGAAGCAAAGAAAUCAAAACCAAAAUCAAAAAGCGAGGAACAUUUAGAAGACAUGGAAUCGUUAGACACAAGAACAAAGUCAGACUUAACUGAAGAAUUCAAAAGUAUCAUGUCUACUUUUGCUAGAAGUGAAGAAAAAGUUCCUGAAUCAGAUAAUGUUAAAAAGAACAGGUCAUCAAAGUUAUCCUCAAGUAUUGUGAGACCCAGCAAAAAUAAAACCAGAGAGAAUGCAGAAAGUAUGGCAUCAUCUACCCUUAAUAAUGAAAAGCAACAAAUAUUGACAUCCAGAGAAAAUACAUCAAACAGUGUGGAAGUGAAAAUGGGGCUCACAGAACAAAUAAAUGAAAGUGAAACAGACUCUCAAACUGACGAUGACGUUUGUCUUAUGACAAAUGUGUGUAUCAGUGUACAAUCUGAUGCGGAAGAAACAGAGAAUGUUGAUAGUCAACAACAGCCUGUUGAUAGUCAAGGAGAGACUGCGAAGGAUACAGGUGUUAAAAUCACAGAGAACAAAAAUUUUAAAGGGAAAACUGAAUAUAAAGUUUCAACAGAAACUGAAAAAAGCAAAAAGAAUACUGAGAAAAGACCAGGGAGAAAGAGGAAACUUGCAACAGAGGUUAAUUUAUCACCAGUUGUGGAAAUUGAGAGACUAGAUGAUGAAAAAUUCAAAGAUGUUCAUGUUGAUAAACAGAAAACUGAAAAAGCGCAAACCGCUAAAAAAUCUAGUCAAACAGGAAAACGUCGUGGCAGACCAAAGAAAGAUGUGUCAAAUUCAGCAUUAGAUAAGAAAAUGGUGAAGAAGCCCUCAACAGGAAGUCUGUUUUCCCUGUCAGAAAAAACUCAAAGCUAUUUAGAGAAUGGAAACGAAAGAAAUGAAGUAUUUCAGUGGAAGGGUAGUGAUGAAGAAAGUGAUGCUAGCCUUGCUAAACCAACACUUAGACCACGUUCUCAAGUAAAUCUCCAAGAAAAGAGUACAGAUACGGAAAGUGAAAUAGAUGUCAUUCAGGAGAGUCAGGACAUUGCUAAGAAUGGUUACGAGUGUGCAAGUAACAAGAGUCUGAAUACAGACCUUAGCUUCAAAGAGAGUCCUUGGUACAAAUGUAUGCCAGAACACUCUAAAUACAACACAAAAUGGUUUAAAACCUAUGGGAAAGUUAGACAUCAACAGAGGGAGAGAAUGGGAGGUAUUCACUGUGUGGGAAGUAGUGGAGAUAGUCCUGCAGUCCAGAAAUUCUCUCAAAGCGUUACUAAGACUUUGUCAGUGCAGAUGACUUAUUCUUCACAAUGUGUUUCCUCUCCCAGAGGAGAUGCUGAUGUUGAUCCUUAUGUCUUUGAUGACAAUUGUUCUGAAUAUAGCAACAAUCUGAUAUCAUCAAAAGAAAAGCCUACCAAACAGAAACCUGUAAAGAGAGGGAGAAGAAAAGAUAAAACUUCCAGUGAUCUAGUUCAACAUAAAGAAAGCAGUGGUUGGAAACAGAGCAGGUCAAAGAAAGUACAUGGUGACUAUGAUGACCAAGAAAGGAAUGUUGAAAGUUGUAAUAAGGUGUCAAAAAAGAAAGGAGACAUAUGCAACUAUAAAACAAGUUUGGGAAGUAGACUUACUAAGUAUCAGUACCACAACCCAGAAAAUUCUGUUUCUGUAUAUCAUAUGGAAAAUGUUUGCCAAAUGAGUAAAGAAAAUUUGCCACCAAAGUCAAAAAAGUCAAAGAGAACAGAGAGGCAGACAUGCAGACAAAUUAGGUCUGAUGAUGAGAAUAAUUAUGCCAUCACUUGUCUGUCAAGUCCAGAGGAGGAAUGUGAUAAUGCUCCCAUGUCCAGUCCUAUGUCGGAAUCUCAAAAUUUCCCUACAUUGAUAGCAAAGUCAGGGAAACCAACAAAUUCUUAUUCAUUUGGAAAAGAGACUACUAGUAAUGAUAUUGAAGAUGUUCAUGAGAGUAGUGCUGAUUCAAGUCCUGUUCCCAGAAAAAAACACAAAAAGAGGUUGAAGGCAUUGCAGCAACUGGAUUCUAGAGCUACCAACACUCCAAAUCUCCAGCCAAGCACUCCAGAAUCUAUUUUAUCAAAGUUCAGAAAAAGUUGUGAGAAAUUGGUUGAAGAAUCAUUUUGCUCUGAGGAAAAUGUUACUUCAAGUUUGCAGACCCCUCUUCUUCCUAUCAGUCCAUAUAUUCCAAGGCAUGACCAAAAUGAGGAAUGUGAAAAUAUAGAAGAUCAGGCUUCUUCUUCACAAAAAUCUGAGACCUCUCAAGAAAGCCAGGAGUCCGUUGAAAGUGGAUGGAACCCAUCAAAGAGGAAACAAGCAGAAAGGGAGAGAAAUUUUAUCACAGAAGAGGAACAAGUAAUUGAAAAUGCUUGUCAAGUUAACUGGUUGAGAGGGAUUCAGACAAUGCAACAAUACAAAAAAGGUGAUGAUGAGAAAGAAAAUAUGUCUAUAUCUGUUAGCACUGCUUCAUCUCAAGAGAUAGAGAGUGUAGUUUCAGACAAAAUCAGUUCAUUUGGAAUUGAAAUACAGAACCAAAUGCAGGCAAAGAAAAAACAACUUGAAUCCAUGGCAAAGGAUGUUCUAAAAUCACUGGUGAAGACUUGUCUGAAGACCCAUACACAACUGAAGGAAAGCAGAACUAAAUAUAUUGAAGAAUUUCAACUCAGAAUAUCAGAAGAGCUAAAAUCUCUGGAGAAAGAUGUGAUAAGUCUGAAAAAGACAGAGGAUGAAUGUCUGAUGUAUUUUGAAGAAAAGCUUAAAGAGAUACAGAGACAUACCUAUAGCCAAGAAACAAGCAUACAAAAUAUGGUAGCUGCAAAGGAGAAAUUUGUGAAACAAAUGCAUCAUAGUGAACAGUGUGCUGAUAAAUCUCAGUUUAAAGUCAAGAAUUCCAUUAAAAAAGAGCUGAAUACACUGAAGACAAAAUUGAUAUCCAAAAAUCAACAAGAAGAAUUAGACAACAUAAAGCACUGUCUUCAGAGGUCCCUUCUGUUGGAUACCUAGCAAGUGAUCAACACAAAAAAUGGAUUUUAUAGUUUUAUUUAUAUUCUGUAACAACACAUUAUGCAAAUAUCCUCUUGCAUGAGAGUCUGUAAAUCUGAAAAAUCAUAAUCAUUGUAAAUUGUAUAUCACAAUUAUAAGUUGGCUAUGAUUACUGUUUCUGCAAAACAAAAUAUUUAUACAUAUGUACAGGUAUUACAUGUAAUAUAUAUAAAUAAUUGGAAGAAAUAUGAAUUGGAAAAACUUGUAUUUUAUUUAAAUGUGUAAUUAGUGUUUUGAAGUUCAUAUAUUAUGUAAUAACUAGUACUAGCUGAAUGAAGCAUAGAAAGCUUUACUGUGAUAUAUUUAUAUUUAGUAUGAAAUCUCUUGAAAGCAUCACACUGCCACAGACAACAUUCUGUUAUUCACACAAAAUGAAAGUUAAAAAGACCCAUAUAGUUUUUAAACAAACCAUUUUGUAAUCUCUACUUUUAAAAAGCUUAAAAACACUCCUUUUGGGUCUAUAUAUGCCUGUGAUGUAUUGACAGAUAGGCAUCAAAUUUUGUGAUAUUAUGUAAUACACUUCAGUACACACAUGUAUUGUUUGUUGUUGAUACUGUUUAUAAUUACUAUUAUAGUAAAUAAAUUAUACAUAAAUGUUUCA